AUGACUAGGGCUUCACUCUAUCCUGUUGCUAAACUUAGUUCUUGUACCAAGAAGACCAGCCUUUGCUUUUCUACUCCAUUGCUUCUUUGGCGCCGAAAGAUGCCUUCUAUUACUGGAUCAUCAUCAUCAUUAUUGGCAUCACCUUCGGUAGCGGCCCAUAUUUCUAAUGAGUCACAUCCAUUGAUGAUGAUAGAACCGGGUGAGGAGGACGAAGAUGGCCGGAGUAUGUGCCGUUUCUAUGACUACGUAAACGAAAAGGUUGUAAAUACCAAUACUAAGAUCCCUAAAGAGGUCGAUGAUGCAAUAUGCGUCGGGUCAUCUCAUGGCUGGCUGGCUUAUGUCUCUCGUCUCGACUGCUCAGUUUUCCUUUGGAGUCCCUUCACCACCUCUCCACUCAUCUGGCUUCCUCCCAUUCAUACGCUACCCUUCGUAAAAGUUAUACCUUGCGAAGAGUUGGCUGAUGAUGAACACAAAGACGGUGAUAUAAGUGCAUAUGACGACGAUUUUUCCUCCGAUUUUGGGUUCAAAGUUGAAUUUGAAGAUCAAAAUAGAUCCCAAAGAUAUUGUACCAUGUCUACAAAACUCUUGAGUUUAGAUAUCAUACAGAAGAUUGUUUUGUCAUCUGCUCCAACAAGUGAUGAUUGCAUCGUAGUGGCUCUUCCUAUUUAUAAGAUUCGUCACAGUAUUGCUUUUUGUAAACCUGGGGACAAGUCAUGGACCUUUGUAGAGCCGCCACUUGAGAAAUCUUUCCACCUUAUAGAUGUCAUACAUUUCAACAACCAAUUGUUCUAUGCGGUGUCUUGUUGUGGACUUACUUUAUACGCUUAUAAUCUUUCUGAUCUUUCUUCUCCAAAGAGUUAUCUUCUUGAAACUUCUUUCGACUUUGAACCCUUAUCCUCACUUGAAGAACGCAUGAGGAGUUGGUACAAAGAUAGAUAUUAUCUGGUUGAAUCAUUAGGUGAUCUUCUCUGGGUUCGUAGGCUUAUUGCUAAUAAUAUGGAUGACGAUGGCAAAUUUACAUUUUCUCAUGAUGCUAAAAUAUUUCCAGACCAAACAGUCACGUUUGACGUUUAUAAGCUGGAUUUCUCUCGGAAUACAUGGGAAUUUGCUAAAUGCAUAGGUGACCAAGUUUUAUUUUUAGGUACUAACCAAUCUCUGUCUCUCUCUGCUCGAGACUUUGACAAAUUGCAAGCAAAUCGGAUAUACUUCACCGAUGAUUCUUUUACAAUACAUAAGAAAUAUCCUAAUUAUGGGGGCCACGAUUUUGGUGAUUACGAGCUAGGAGGAUCUGCAUUUUCUGAGUUUAGAUUUCGUGGCACCAAGAUUCUACCACCACCUUUUUGGGUUAUGCGCAAUUUUCAUUAA